GUUCGCAGAUGCAAACUUGGCACCACACACUCUUAUCCACAGCGAGAGCGUGGGUGUGUGUCCAAACCUUCUCCACGCGUUCCCUCCCUCCUCUCCUUCUCCUUCCCCCUCCCAAGAAACAAAAGAACCAGCCAGCCAGCUCUUGCAGAGCUCAAGCGACGCAGCAAUGUCUCUGGCACCAUCCAUCCCUUCCAUCAAGGUGAAGGUGGGGGGCGUCUCGGUGGCGCCCCCGCACCGCGCAUGCCGGUCGUCGUUUGCGGUGAUCAGGAGCUCCAAGGCGGAGGGGCCCAUCCGGAGACCCGCGGCGCCUCCGCUGUCGCCACCGCCACCGAUGCCGCCCAAGACGCCGGCUCUGUCCACACCACCGACCCUGUCACAGCCCCCAACCCCCGUGAAGCCGGCUGCUCCUCCUGCGUCGUCGGAGCAGCCACAGACGCCUCUUGAGCAGAAGCCGGUUCAGGCCGCAGCUCCGUCGGCAGCUGUGCAGAAGCCGGUGGCUGGGGCUGUCACGCUGGAGUACCAGAGGAAGGUGGCCAAGGACCUGCAGGACUACUUCAAGCAGAAGAAGCUGGAGGAGGCCGACCAGGGGCCCCCCUUUGGGUUCUUGCCAAAGAAUGAGAUUUCCAAUGGAAGAUGGGCUAUGUUUGGGUUUGCAGUAGGGAUGCUAACAGAGUAUGCAACAGGCUCAGAUUUUGUUCAGCAAAUGAAGAUCCUCCUCUCCAAUUUUGGAAUUGUGGACUUGGAUUAAUGGUGGACGCUUGGUGUUGUUGUUGUAUAAGUCUUUUAAAUGAAAUGUACCUACUUGAUAUGGCAUAUAGAAAAUUCAAUCUUGCACGUUGUUUAACUUAUAUAACUUAGUUUCAUUUGUGCUGCCCUGUGAAUUUGGAUGAACAUAAAAGUCAAUUUCCAGUUUUCUUCUUUGCUUA